CAGUCUGAUCAUUUUACAUAAGCAUAAAAUUAGACAAGGGAUAAAUUGAAAAUUAAUCAGUUUUUAAUUAAAAUUAUCUCCUAAAUAUUUUUAGUUUAGUUCUACUUAUUUUUAUCACAGACAAUUUCAAAAAUACUCUUGACUACAUGAUUUUUUUCUAAAAAUAGUAUUGACAGAUUAUAGGGGUAUAAUAGGUAUAUUGAUUGAAAUAGUGAGUAUUAUACUAAAACUUAAAAUUUAUAGAUAAAAAAGAAAUGACUUGCCUAAAAGUGAUUCCUGAUCUAAUAUCUACGUUAAAGAAAGGACUUAGCUAAAAGUGACUCCUGAUCUGAUAUCUACUUUAGACAUAGAUGUAAAAGUUUUGAACCUAAAAUUGGGCUGACAAAACGAAUCUUUAGAAAUAGGUCGGGUCAAGUUACGCAGGGCUAAAUAUUUAGUUUUCUGACAAAAUUUGGUUUAAGUAAAUAAUAAUGGAGCAAAACAUUGUGCCGGACAAAAAAAUAUGUGGGUAUUAUAAAGUUAAUUGGGAAUCAAGUAUGGAUCAAUAUUUGAGCUGGAUAAAGAACAAUGAGGAAUUUACAUGAAAUAUGGGAAAAUUAACUAAAAUUUGAUAUAUAUGGCUUUUUAUUUUGUGUGCAUUUUUUAUGGUUUUUUUUGUUGUUUUCCUUUUUUAUGGGUUUUGUUUUCCCAUAUUUAUCAAAAUAUUGCUUUUAUAUCCCAUAUUUUUUUGUAUACGUUUUUUUUUUCUAUAGGGGUAUUUUUAUGAGUAAAUUUUUGUCUUUUUAUUUUUAUUAUUAUUUUUAUUAUUUUGGUAAACAUUUUUGUAAGAAAAUUUAAAUUCAGUAGUGGUUUAUUAUGCAUUUAUGUGUAUUUUUGUGAGGGCUUUUUAGUCAUUUUAUGUGUUUUUUUUAUUAUUUUAUUUUAUUUUAUUUUUGAAUUUUUUUUUGUAAGGAAAUCAAUUCCCAGUAUGCAUGCAGGUACUUGAGUACCCAGCCUCUAUCACGUUUUUAUCUUCUUCACGUUUUCUGAAUUUUAUUAGUAUAUUUUAUUAAGUAUCACGUUUUCUUCAGUGGUGAUUUGUGUUCUUAGUUUUCGUUCUUGUGUUAGGGUUUAUUUGAGUUCUUUGUUGUCGAUUUUCUGCCCUCUAUGCGUGUGUUUCGUUUCGGUGAGUACCUGGUUUCAGGUAUGUCUUUUUCCGUUUGCUUCAGUAUCACGUUUUUUAUAUAUCGUUUGGUUCAAAUUUUUUCUUUCUUUCAGCAUUUGGUUUUUUGUGUUGAUUUCUUCUUUUUUUUCUUUUUCUUAGGAUUUUUAUAAGUUUCUCGUUGUGGAUUUGUGCCUCUUUGUGGUGUUUUCGUAUCGGUGAGUACCCGGUUUCAGGGUUUAUUUUAUUUUAUUUUUUUUUAAUGUAAAUUGAUUGUUAAUUUUGCUUUGUAUUAUAUAUUUUUCUGUCGUGGGUGGUUGUUUUUUAAUCUGUGUUAAUGACGGUUUUUAUAUUUGGUGCACGAUUUUAUCGUUAGUUUUUUAGUGGGGUUUUUGUCAGUUUUUGAUCAGUUUAUUAUUUGGGAAGUUUAUGGGUAGUUAUUUGUAAUUUGUGCUCUAUAUAUGUGUAUAUCUGUUUUUCUUUUUUCAUUUGUGUUGUUUUUUUUUUUUUUAUGCAGUGCAUUGAUAUUUCUCUUGCUCGAAUUUGUGUGAUGGAUCACUGUGGUGAAUGCGGUGGUGUUUCUGGUUCGGAGAAGAAAAUUUUUGGUAUAGUAGAGGAUGAAUCGAAGAAUGUAGGGGAUGAUAUUUGCGAGAUUCUUCCUCGAAGGAGUAACAUUACACAUUUGAAGUCUGUUGCAAGGAAGAAGAGUAAAUCCCCUUCCUCUGUUGCAAGGAAGACAAGUAAAUCGCCUUCCACUGUUAAACAGGCGAAGGAUUCGUGUGCAUCUGGUAGUAAGGAUGCUGGAGAUGAUUCUCAUGAGACUAAACAUGUUGUGGCUCAUUUAAAAAUAUACCCCUCCAAGAGGUUUGGUAGUAAGGUUCAACAUUUUAAUGACAAGAGUGUCAUUACUGACUUGAAAUCUAAGUUGACUAAAAGUCAGAAAUCAUUGUUUAAGAAGACCCCAUUUGGGCACUUUUUAGAAGUAUGUGAUAUUCAUUUUCAAACUCAACUUGCCCAGCUUGUGUUAUUGAGAGAGGUAUCUCAUGAGAGGGAGGAAGAGGAAAUGUGGUUUAAGCUUGGUCGUAGAGUGUGUAGGUUUUCUAUUGAAGAGUUUGCUCUAGUUACGGGUCUUAGAUGUGAUGGUGAUUUUGAUUUAAGUCGUUUUCAAAAAAAGAAGGUUUUGUUUAAGAAAAAAAUAUUUGGCCGUUUUGUUGGUAAGGUGUCGAAGUCUGAAUUACGCAAUGCUUUUAUUAGUAAGGAUCUAGUUGAUGAUGAGGAUGUUGUCAAAUUGGGUAUAGUUCAUAUCCUAGUUAACUAUUUGUACGGCUAUACUAGUGAUAAGUUGGUUGAUGAUUUCUUUUUUGAGAUGGUUGAUCGAGAUUUUUCUGAAUUAGCAAAUAUUAGUUUUGGCAAGUUUGUAUGGGAUAGGAGUUUUCAAUAUUUGAAAACUGCUUUGAAGGGUGGGAAUAAAAUAUUUGAUGGACUGUUCGUUGAUGGGAAGGUUGGCCUUCACCCUUACAAACUUCUUGGGUUUCCCAUUGCUUUUCUUGUAUGAAUUUAUGAAAGUAUAGCUGAGUUGAGUCCUGAGUUUUGUCAACGGGUUGGGAAAAAAUUUCCCCGUUUGUUGAAUUGGAAGAGUACAGAUAAUGCGUUCUAUGCAAACUUGGUGGGAAAGGUUUUCAACAAUCAGAAGUUGACUAUCCUGAAUGUCUAUCCGUCUUCUGAGGAGAGAAAGAAACUGGCAGUAAAGAAGUUUAAGUUUGAGCCUCUAUACUUGCCGAAGGUGUGUGCUGAAGAUGGAGACAGUAGUCCGGGUACCCAGGUUGAUAGUGAAAAGUUGAGAUUGAUUUGUGAAUCAAUCUCAUCAAUAAAAGCAUGCCAAGAAACUAUUAUUAGUGACAUUGCAGUUAUGAGAUCUGAGUUCAUGGGGAAACUCAGUGAUUUAUCUGCAAUGAUUGCUAAAUUUGUUGCAAAAAAUUCUGAAAAAGUUGCAAAUUCAAGUGAUGAAAGUGCUGGUUUUAAUGAAGGGGAAAAGCCAGAUGAUUUUGAUAAUGUUUCCAGUCCUAUUUCUGAUGAUUCUAAGGAUUGUGGAAAUGAUUCAGCUGAAGAGUCUGAUGGUAGUAAGGGUGUUGAGAAGGAUUUAAAUGAAAAUUUUGAUGCUGUUUAUUCUGGGUUGGAGUUGUCAAAUGUUGUGGGUGGAGAUAAGGAUUUUACAAACAAGCCUGAGUUCAGUUCAGUUGGUUUAAGUUUUGAAGAAGUAUAUGUUGAUCCAGAGAUUUUGAGUGUUAUUGAUAGAACUGUUCAGUAUGCAGAAGGAGAAAAGAAAUUUACCGGGAGUAAGGAUGAUUAGAAGGUUGUGAUGGUUGGUGAUGAUGAUGAGGUUCCUGUUGCUAUUGAAAAGAGGGAGCCUAAACCUAGUACUCAUGUCAAGUCUCCUUUUGUUACUGAGUUUGGUUCUUCUGAUGUUAAAGAAACUGUGAAGAGGAAGGGAGUGGAAGUGGUGAUUGUUAGAGGAUUGGUUCCAUUUGAAAAUGAAAUAGGGCAGAAUGUUUCAAAGAAUGAUUGCCUGGAUUAUAUUUCUUGGAUUGAGGAUAAAAUGAAUUUUAAGAAUAAGUAUGUUUUUUUAUAUUUUCUUUAAUAUUAUUAUUCUUGAUAUUUAAUUGUUUGUUAAUAUAUAUAUAUAUUUUUUUUGUUUUGAAGGAAGAAGAAAUUUUCUGAUGUCAAUAACAUUAUCAAUCCCCCAAUGGAUUAUUCAUUUGUUAAAAUUUCUGAGAAAAU